CUUAUACUGCCUUAAACUUUACCUUGUGCUUUAAAAGAUGGCUGUCACUCUGCAUACAGACCUUGGUGAUAUUAAAAUAGAGGUGUUCUGUGAGAAGUGCCCAAAAAGCUCCGAGAAUUUUAUUGCACUGUGCGCUGGUGGGUUUUACAGUGGAUGUAUUUUUCAUCGAAACAUAAAGGGCUUUAUGGUCCAGACUGGAGACCCAACAGGCACAGGCAAAGGAGGGACCAGUAUUUGGGGAAGAAAGUUUGAAGAUGAAUUCAGUGAACAUCUGAAACACAAUGUCCGGGGUGUCGUGGCCAUGGCAAAUAAUGGACCAAACACAAAUGCAUCACAGUUCUUCUUCACAUAUGCAAAACAGCCUCACCUGGACAUGAAGUACACUGUUUUUGGAAAAAUUAUAGAUGGACUGGAAACUCUGGAUGAACUAGAGAAACUCCCUGUGAAUGAGAAGACUUUUCGUCCCCUCAACGAUGUCCGUAUUAAGGAUGUUACUGUCCAUGCCAACCCAUUUGCUGGUUGAUUGAUGCGAAACAUGCAUAAUCCCUUGUAUUGUAAAUAGAAAUUUUUUUUUAGCUUUCAUGCUGUUUCAAAAAUAUGUACACACUGACUCACCAAUGUUGCGCCAAUAAACUUUUACAUUGUGUUUUUAAAUGUA